UGAAAUGAAACUGAAAAAGUUUACCCUUCUCACGUGACUAGGGGAAGGGAGGCUCCUAUGUUUACAUCGAUGCGUGCAAGAGCAUUUGCGAACUGUGUCUUGUAGCGUAAUUUCAAUGUUUCGCUUUCGUUUCUUUAUAAAUCUCGAACUGCAACUUUGCGAAUCUAAUAAUUAGGGUCCAACUAGGAUACGACGUACUGGGGAUACAAGAACAGAGUUUUGCACGCACCCUGUUCUUUGCUAACCAGCUAGCCUUAGCUUAGCAUACGCGUAAUGGACGAGCUAGCGGUUGAAGUCAGGGGGACAAGUGGGGCUUUCUACACGGCCUAUUUAAAGGAUGUUCAUGAAACUGCCGUCACUGUGUCCUUUGAAAACAAUUGGCAACCAGAGCGUCAAAUUCCCUUCCAUGAUGUUCGAUUUCCUCCGCCCACAGGUUUUCAGAAAGAGAUAAACGAGAGUGAUGAAGUUGAGGUAUGUGCUGUUUAUUCUAGAGCAAAUGACAAAGAACCAUGUGGAUGGUGGCUGGCAAAAGUCCGCAUGGUGAAGGGGGAGUUUUAUGUCAUAGAGUAUGCAGCUUGUGAUGCCACGCUCAAUGAAAUAGUUACAUUAGAGAGGUUACGACCUGUCAACCCAAACAAACCAGCAACGAAAAACUCAUUCCUGAAAAUUCGUCUGGAUGUCCCAGAGGACCUGCGGCAAAUGUGCACAAAAGACUCUCAUAAAGAUUUUAAGAAGGCAGUGGGAGCAUUCAAUGUUACAUAUGACUCAGACCAAAAACAGCUAGUCAUUCUGUCUGUGAAUGAAGUCACAACCAAAAGAGCACAGAUGCUGAGUGACAUGCAUUUCCGGAGUCUGCGCACCAAGCUGUCCCUAAUGCAGAGGAACGAGGAGGCCAGCCGCCAACUGGAAAGCUCUCGCCAGCUGGCAUCCAGGUUCCAUGAACAGUUUGUGGUCCGGGAUGACCUGAUGGGGCUGGCCAUUGGGACCCAUGGUGCCAACAUCCAGCAGGCCAGGAAAGUACCUGGUGUCACCACUAUAGACCUGGAUGAGGAGACUUGCACCUUCCACAUCUAUGGAGAGGAUCAAGAAGCUGUCCGCAAGGCUAGGAGCUUUCUGGAAUUUUCAGAAGAUGUCAUCAAAGUACCAAGGAAUUUAGUGGGAAAAGUGAUUGGGAAAAACGGAAAGUUGAUCCAGGAAGUGGUGGAUAAAUCUGGUGUCGUUCGUGUUCGGAUUGAGGCAGAGAACGACAAGAAGCCAUCUCCAGUGGAUGAGGGUAUGGUGCCGUUUGUCUUUGUGGGAACAAAGGAAAGCAUUUCAAAUGCUAAAGUUCUAUUGGACUAUCAUCUCAACUAUCUGAAGGAAGUGGAUCAGCUUCGCAUGGAGCGGCUGCAAAUUGACGAGCAGCUGAGGCAGAUCGGGGGAGGAGGACCCAGGGCUCCGGGGCCUGGACGUCCUGACAACAAGACAUUUAUCGUGGACAAUGGCGGAAUGGGCCUUGGCAUGAUGGGCAGUGGCUCCCAGAGGGGAGGAAAGCCUUUUGGCCGGGGGGGAGGAGGCCGGGGCCGACGCGGGGGUCCUGCUUUUGCAUCAGGCACCAACUCUGAGGCCUCCAAUGCUUCAGAGUCCGAGUCUGAUCACAAGGAGGAGCUAAGUGACUGGUCCCUGGCCCCCACUGACGAGCUGACCGGGGGCUUCCCCAAACGACCCGACACGCGCAAGAGAGGAGGGGGCCCUCGUGGACGGGGCGGGAGGGGAAGAGGGGGAGUCUUCAAAGCCGAAGAUGUCCAGUGGACUGAGUCACGCUUGAGAAAUACCAGAGACUCUAAACUGAGGCCCCAGGAAGAUUCUUUGCAGAUCCGAGUGGACGGAAACAAUGAGAGGAGCGUUCAUGCUGCCGCCAGAGGACCCCAGGGACCCCCGUUCCCCACAGGUGACGGACCUGGCCCCGGAGCCAACAGGCAGAGACCCUUCAAAGAGCCACCUAUCAAGAAGGACAAGCAGGAAGGCCCCGGUGGGGAGGCCUGUGCCGUAACUGCAGCACUGGUGAACGGGGUGGCGUAGAUGGAGCUGACAGGGCGAUCCCUCGUCUCACACUCACCCCUUCAUCAAUCCAGAAGCUUCUUCAUUAGAGACACGUAAGGCCAAAGAAAAGCAGGUCAGGGCUAAAAUUAAGCACACUUUGGACAAAACCGACUCCCACAGCGUCAGUGGUGGGUGGGGUGUUAGAUAGGGUUACUGUGUCCGGGGAAGCAGCGGUCUUUGGGUCUUAGGGGUUAACAGAAAGGAAACCGAGACUGCAGUCUUUUUCUAAUUGACAUUUUUGACAACUACCUAUCAGGCAAUUAAAAGCCGUGGAGAGUAAAUGUUUAAAACGAUGAGACGCCACCUGUGUUUCUUCAAGGCUAUGGCUUUAUCACUUGUUCAUGUUUUAGCCUAUUCUCCGGGGAGAGGGUUGGGUUGUUUGGUCUUUCCUGCUUUCUCUCUCUCAUGGCAUGGCAAUGGAAUAUAGAACUCAUUACCAUGUGAGGGCACGGCUGCAUCAUUAGCAAAAAAACUAAAAUGACAAAAAGAAUAACCCUUCUUACUGAUCUGUGCCUUUAUCUCUUCUGGAUAGUAUCACAUAUAGAAGUCAAAAUCAGGGAAGAAGACAUUGGAAAACAGUAAUGGAUUUUACUUGUAUGUAGUGAACACACAGCUCACCGUCAUAGAAAAAGUAUGUAUUUUUAACCUUGCAAUGCAUGUUCAAAGGUGUCAUACGUUUUGACAUUCUGGAAAUUCAGCGAUCUUGAGUUUUCUACAGUGUUGCUUUGUUUCAGUUUUUUGUGUGCUGAAUUUAGCUUGAAUGGGGAUGAUUUAAAAUGUUCUAGCCUUUUGGAAAGGAUGGAAAGACCAUGAACUUAAUAUCUAUCUUACAAACAGACACACAGUGGAGGAAGAUUCAGUGGGUUUGUAUACAUUUUGACUUAAGUCUUAGCAAAUGAAUUUGUCAUUUUGCAGUUUGGCUACAUUAAAUGGAGACUAACUUCAGAUAUCACUCCAAAUUGUCUAGACACUGUACCUACCUUCUUGUUGAAAGAACUCCGAUAUGGCUCUUUUAACAUGAACUAUGUCAAACUAGGAAGAGAUAUUGAGCACAUGGUCCUUUCACAUUGCAUUGACCAACAAUUACUUUUGUUGGUUUUUCAUUUCAAAGGUUCAAUGGAAAGACAAGCUUACUCAAGUCUCUUUAAACCCUAACAUUGUUUAUAGGAUAUUGACUAAUUGUUCAGUAGAUUGCAACACUGAUAAAGGGGGUUUGCGUACUGUAUAUUAUGUUAUUUGUUAAAAGAAUCUUCUUUUUUUUUUUUUGCUAUUUCGGAUGGAUUUUCAAAUGUGCACUUAUCUUAAUUUCUUUUUAUCUGCAACUACUAAAUAAUAUGAUCUAUAUAAACUAUGAUGUGAUAAGAUUUCUCAGCAGGUGAAUCACAUGAAUGCUGUCAACAUUACCAAGUUUAGAUACCCUAUAGAUAACUCUACUGUACCUUUGCUGUAUGGAGGAUGAUUAGUCCCCAUGUUAUAACCAUAUGUCUUAUAUCGGAUCAGUGCUUGUGCAUUAAAACCUUAGUUUACAGUUGACAAAAAAAAAAAAAAACACAAAAAAACUACUGUGACGGUCUGCCUAGUAUUCUGUUCUAAUUUAUUUAGUUUUCUUUAGUCUCUAAAUUCCAUCAAUUGAUGGUGUACAGCUAAUGGGCAUCCGUGAACAACUGUCUGAGCCUCUGUGUUGCUGUAAUUUUGCCAAUGUCCAGCCAAUGCUCUCCCCAGCAUUAACAGUCAAUAAUUAACUGGCCCACAUCUGAGUAAGUCUUCUUUAGGAUUUUAUAUGAAUGAGUAUGAUGAAGUUGAGUGAAUUUAAUAUUUUGUAGUAAUAGCUGAGCGAUGAGAUCAGCAGCAGAAACACCUUUUUGAACAUUGUUUUCAGUUUAGUCCAGCUGAGUUGUGCAGACUUGAAGAAAAAUCUAACCAGGUUGUUUUGAACCACCUGAGCAUCAUGGGUCAUGGUCUCCAGAAUGGUACCAGCAACAACCGUCUGGGCAUUUAUGUAGCCCUGCCCACACAGUAUGUUUAAAAACAGACCGUAAACAGACAAGAUGUUGCAGCUCACAGUGUACGCUGUGGUCAAGGAUAAGCAAUGUGUCAGUUUGCCAAACAGACUGUUUUGUAAUUAUUUAUUUUGAGAAUGUACCUGUAUACAAUUCACAAAAAAUAAAAUUGUAAAACAUUUCUUCUUACACUCUUGGUAGGCUGUUGUUUGAAAGCAGAUCUGAAACCAGAAAUACUGUAGAUACUGAACCAAGGUAGACUGGCCUUGUAUGUUACUGCACUAUGGGCAAUAUUUUCUUUGUACAUAUUAGCGGAACAGAUUGGGUUUUAUGUUGACAUUGUUUGGUUAUAGUGCAAUAUAUUUUGUAUGCAAGCAGUUUCAAUAAAUAACGGUUGAUCUU